AGACCGAGCACAGCGUCGUCCUGAAGGAGAUCAGCGUGCCCCUGUGGAGCAACCCGGCCUGCCAGAACGCCCUCAGGGAACAGUUCGGGCCUGCCUACUCGCUCCCUACGACAGCCCUCUGCGCCGGGGCCGAGGGACGUGACGCCUGCGAUGGCGACGGCGGCGGCCCUCUGGUGUGCGAGAAGGAGGGACACUGGUACCAAGUGGGCGUCGUCAGCUUCGGCAUCGGGUGCGGGCGGCGCAACAUCCCGGGCGUGUACACGAGGGUGCAAGCCUUCGAGGGGUGGAUCAAGGACACUAUCGGCGUGCAUCACCACCCUUGACGUGGCACUGGUCCUUAUCGCUCGACGCCGCACCGCUCAUGCCAAUACAUUCAUCGUGACGCAACCACCCUUCUUGGCUCCAGCACACGCACGGGCGGCGUCGGCAGGCGGCGCGCGCGGCUCGUGCCCGGGGAGAAACGUGUGUGAUUUGUUCACAAAUACAUACACGUGUGUGUGUGUGUGUGUCUGAGCAGUAUGAACUCAAGUAUAUUUAUGUACGUACGUAUAUGAAUAUAUAUACAUAUGUUUACACGCGCGCACACACACACGCACGC